AUGGCACCUGAUCUGGUCGCUCGGGUUCGGAGGAAGCUGUCCAUGAGACGACACUCGUUUGCUUCAUCCUUCUCGUUUGUCUCUUCAAAGAGUGCGGCCUCAUCGCUCCACGACGACCAAAACGAGACGCGCCCCGGACAGUUGUCGCCAGCCAGUUCCACCCUGCACAGCGCCGCUGGGCGCCCCGGUUCAAGGAUCAACAAACGUCGGUCACAGCAAAUGCGCGACCCGUCUCCAGAUGCAUCUCGCAGCAUGCCGCCGGAGUCGGCAUCUGACAAGCACCAGGACCCAGAGGAUGAGCAGCGGAAGCAAGACGAUCAUGAUGAUGAGCUCCUCUCGGCAGAGCAGCCGAGCCUAAUUGCUGCUAAGCUGCAGGGCACCGAUGGCGCUGAGCAGGCUAAAGGCGCCGAUCAGCUGGGGGAUUCAGCCACUGCUGGAGAUGCCGCCAGCAGCCACAGCACGAGUGCUAGUCCUACCAGAUCCGCCCACAUUCCGCAGCAGCGCCAGCAGCAGCCACAGCCUGAAGCUGAGGCUGCUGGCGAACAUUCUUCCCCUCCGCUAGAACCGCCCAAGAACCAACACCCAUCUCUGCCAUCCCAAUCAUCGCCGCUGCCCACCCAGCUGCACAGCAUCGACGAGGCACCAAGCCCUCCGUCACCCCGUUCACCGCCAGAACGCUCCGCCAGCCAUUCUCCUGUCCAGCAUUCCGUCCCCGACGGCGCUUGCGACACCUGGGCCGGCUCUUCUACCUCGCCCUCCAAUGAUAGCGGAAUUGUUGCCCGCCGCCGCCGAGACAAGACACCCGACACGUUGUCUCUGAAUCUCCACGAUAAUAAUAAAUCCCUUCUGGCAGCUGAGCCACCCAACGUCGACACACCUGCCUCCCCCAUCAUCCGGACCCAGCUACCAAUACGGCGCCAAAGCCUGCUCAGCAACCGUCAGUCGAAUCUGAUCCAUUCUCUUCUGGGUGCAUAUGAUACCGAAGACAACGGCAGCGGUCUGCCUCCCCUCGACAUAGUUGCCAAGAUGGCACAGCGCAAGGUCUGGGUCAAGCGACCGAACGCUUCGCCCACUCUGGUCAUCGUUAACGAGGACGACCUGGUCGACGACGUCCGCGGAGCGAUUUUGCACAAGUAUGGCAAUUCGCUUGGCCGAAGCUUCGACGCCCCCGAUUUAACACUCCGAAUCUGCCCCCGCGAGCAACCACAGCGUGAGCGUAUCCUCGGCCCAGAAGAACCCAUCUGCCGCACCUUGGAUACCUGCUUCCCUGAUGGUCAGCGUGUAGACGAGGCUCUCAUCAUCGAUAUCCCUGCUCGCCGAACGCCGAGACCAUCCCCGCGAAUCCAAGCUGGGUAUUACAUCAAUGACGAAGGCCGGCCAUCAGAGGCUGCCGAGGGCUAUUUCCCACCUGUUGGUGGCAUACCUUCACCCCAUCAUACCGUCACCGUCCAGCCACCAACUAAUGGAACAGUCCCUCACUCAAUCGCCGUUAUUGGCACCGGCCACAUCCCUCCGAUCCCGUCGCCUGGUGGCACGCGGCCGCGAGUCGUCAGAGAACGCACCAACCGACCCAGGAUCACAAGAACACAGACAUCAUCGCCGUCAUAUGUAGCGGCCCAUCCCCAAGGCGCCUCAAACUCCGUCGACAAUACCAACUAUAGCCACGGUACGCAGCACUACACCUCACGGCCUUCUCAUUCGCGGGCUCAUUCGAACUCCUCAGAAUAUCAAAAGGGAUUGCCACCGCCAACGAACCCUAUAACCUCCUCCCCAGGACCUAUCAUCUCACAUGCGCGCUCCUCGACUCCCCCUCCCCGAAUCUCCUCCCCUCGCCCGAACGCAAACCGGAAGAAGUCUCGAAGAACAGCCGAAUACCCCUCCGCACCAACCGCCAUCAAUGUUGGUGUUCCACCCAUUAAUGUCCUUAUCGUAGAGGAUAACCCUAUCAACCUGAAGCUGUUGGAGGCCUUUGUCAAGCGGCUCAAGGUUCGGUGGCAGACGGCAAUGCACGGCCAGGAAGCGGUAGACAAAUGGAGAACGGGCGGCUUCCAUUUGGUUUUGAUGGAUAUUCAGCUCCCGAUUAUGGAUGGCUUGGACGCAACACGUGAGAUCAGACGACUUGAACGCGUCAAUAAUAUCGGCGUAUUCUCAUCCGAGGACGGCCUGCCCGAAAAAUCCGAUGGCGACCUCAAGGAGCAAGACCGACUGCAAAACAAAGAGCUAUUCAAGAGCCCAGUCAUCAUCGUGGCAUUGACAGCGAGCUCGCUCCAGAGUGACAGGCACCAGGCAUUGGCCGCUGGUUGCAAUGAUUUCUUGACAAAGGCAAGUAGUUCAUCUCCCCAAACAGGUACCAAUCAAUUCGCGACGCCUGUCAACUUUGUGUGGCUUGAGCGGAAAGUCAUGGAAUGGGGCUGCAUGCAGGCGUUGAUCGAUUUUGACGGCUGGAGAAAGUGGAAAGACUUCUCACAAUUAAACCAAGAAAGUGAGGCGUCCAAGAAAGCAGCCGCUGCUGCUAAGGCCAAGGCGAUAAAGAAGAAGAACCGUUCGUCACUUUCAACAUACACUUAA